CGGCGGCGGCGGCGGCUGAGUCGGUGGUGGCAGAGGCGAAAGCGACAGCUCUGGGGGCUAGCAGCAGCCCCGAGAGCAGGAUGCGGGUCCGGGUCGGGCUGACGCUGCUGCUCUGUGCGGUGCUGCUGGGCUCGGCCUCGGCGUCCUCGGAUGAAGAAGGUGGCCAGGAUGAAUCCUUAGAUUCCAAGACUUCUUUGCCAUCAGAUGAGUCGGUAAAGGACCACAGCUCAGCAGGCCGAGUAGUCGCUGGUCAGAUAUUUCUUGAAUCAGAAGAAUCAGAAUUGGAAUCACCUAUUCAGGAGGAGGAAGACAGCCUCAGGAGCCAAGAAAGGGAAGUUGUCACAGAAGAAAUCAGCUUUCUAGAAUCUCCAAAUCCAGAAAACAAGGACUAUGAAGAACCAACAAAAGUACAGAAACCAGCUUUGACUGCCAUUGAAGGCACAGCACAUGGGGAGCCCUGCCACUUUCCUUUUCUUUUCCUGGAUAAAGAAUAUGAUGAAUGUACAUCAGAUGGGAGGGAAGAUGGCAGACUGUGGUGUGCUACAACCUAUGACUACAAGGCAGAUGAAAAGUGGGGCUUUUGUGAAACUGAAGAAGAGGCUGCUAAAAGACGGCAAAUGCAGGAAGCUGAAAUGAUGUACCAGACUGGGAUGAAAAUCCUCAAUGGAAGCAAUAAGAAAAGCCAAAAAAGAGAAGCAUAUCGGUAUCUUCAAAAGGCAGCAAGCAUGAACCAUACCAAGGCCCUGGAGAGAGUGUCCUAUGCUCUUUUGUUUGGUGAUUACCUGACACAGAAUAUCCAGGCAGCUAAAGAGAUGUUUGAGAAAUUGACUGAGGAAGGCUCUCCCAAGGGACAAACUGCUCUUGGCUUUCUCUAUGCCUCUGGACUUGGUGUUAAUUCAAGUCAGGCAAAGGCCCUUGUAUAUUAUACUUUUGGAGCUCUUGGGGGCAACCUCAUAGCCCACAUGGUUUUGGGUUACCGAUACUGGGCUGGCAUCGGAGUCCUCCAGAGUUGUGAAUCGGCACUGACUCAUUAUCGUCUUGUUGCCAAUCAUGUUGCUAGUGAUAUAUCGCUGACGGGAGGCUCAGUGGUACAGAGAAUCCGGCUGCCUGAUGAAGUGGAAAAUCCAGGAAUGAACAGUGGAAUGCUAGAAGAAGAUUUGAUUCAGUAUUACCAGUUCCUAGCUGAAAAAGGUGAUGUCCAAGCACAGGUUGGUCUGGGACAACUGCAUCUGCACGGAGGGCGUGGAGUGGAACAAAAUCAUCAGAGAGCGUUUGACUAUUUCAAUUUAGCAGCUAAUGCUGGCAAUUCACAUGCCAUGGCCUUCUUGGGAAAGAUGUACUCAGAGGGAAGUGAUAUUGUACCUCAAAGUAAUGAGACAGCUCUUCACUACUUUAAGAAAGCUGCUGACAUGGGCAACCCAGUUGGACAGAGUGGACUUGGAAUGGCUUACCUCUAUGGGAGAGGGGUUCAAGUUAAUUAUGAUCUGGCACUGAAGUAUUUCCAGAAAGCUGCUGAACAAGGCUGGGUGGAUGGGCAACUACAGCUUGGCUCUAUGUAUUAUAAUGGCAUUGGAGUCAAGAGGGAUUAUAAGCAGGCCUUGAAGUAUUUUAACUUAGCCUCGCAGGGAGGCCACAUCCUGGCUUUCUAUAACCUGGCACAGAUGCAUGCCAGCGGCACAGGAGUGAUGAGAUCGUGUCACACCGCAGUGGAGUUGUUUAAGAAUGUAUGUGAACGAGGCCGCUGGUCCGAGAGGCUUAUGACUGCCUAUAACAGCUAUAAAGAUGGCGACUACAACGCAGCCGUGAUCCAGUAUCUCCUGCUGGCCGAACAAGGCUACGAAGUGGCACAAAGCAAUGCAGCCUUCAUUCUGGAUCAGAGAGAAGCAACCAUCGUAGGGGAGAAUGAAACUUACCCCAGAGCUUUGCUGCACUGGAACAGGGCUGCCUCUCAAGGCUACACUGUGGCUAGAAUUAAGCUUGGAGACUACCAUUUCUAUGGAUUUGGCACUGACGUGGAUUACGAGACUGCGUUUAUUCAUUAUCGUCUGGCGUCUGAGCAACAACACAGUGCACAAGCUAUGUUUAAUCUGGGAUACAUGCAUGAGAAAGGACUAGGCAUUAAACAGGAUAUUCACCUUGCAAAACGUUUUUAUGACAUGGCAGCCGAAGCUAGCCCAGAUGCGCAAGUACCAGUCUUCCUAGCACUCUGCAAAUUGGGCGUUGUGUAUUUCUUGCAGUACAUACGGGAAACAAAUAUUCGAGAUGUAUUCACCCAACUUGAUAUGGACCAGCUUUUGGGACCUGAGUGGGACCUUUACCUCAUGACCAUCAUCGCAUUGCUGUUGGGAACAGUUAUAGCUUACAGGCAGAGGCAGCACCAAGACAUGCCUGUACCCAGGCCUCCAGGGCCACGGCCAGUGCCACCACAGCAGGAGGGGCCACCAGAGCAACAGCCGCCACAGUAACAGCCACUGUGUCCAGCCUUGAUCAGUGACAACCAAGGAAACUGUUUGCUGAGAACAUUUGCGUUUGAUUUAGGACUUGGGAUCAGUGGCCACCUCCUGGAAGAGGCACAAGGAAGCAUUGAAUUCCUGAAGCUGCUUAGAAUCCGAUGCCUUUAUUUUCAGGGAUAAGUAACUCUUACCUAAACUAAGUUGAAUGUUUGUUUCAGUACCGUAUGGAAUAACAACUCUCAGUGGCUUUCCUUUUUUUUUUUUUUUUUUUUUUCCUGGAAACAUGUGAGACAUUCAAAGUGAUGUCUGCUGUAUCCAGCUCUCUUUCUUGGGUCCUGUUGGUCCUUCUCUCAAUGCGCAUAAUUUCUUCUAUCAACCACCUUUAAGGUCUCAUGCAUCGACACUAAAAACGGAUCAUUGUAAAAAGGAAAGCCUAGUCUCUUGCAAGUUUAACCUUAACAUGUUUGAAAGUCUGAAAAUAGAACUGACCUUUUAAGUAAAAAAAAAAAAAAUCUUCAGAGUGUUUCAAAACUACAACAACAGAAACUUCUACCAAGCCACAUGCAAGUAUACAUAUUCCUCAUAUUUGUUAUUUUAAAAGGGAAGGUUGGGAGGUUUCUUAUUAUUGGUGUUUGUCAUACUUUCUACCAUACUUCUCUCCUUCAAAGACGGAAAGGCUUUGUUCAAGAGUUUUAUGUGAACUUCACUUCUUUGGAAUGGAUUAGAUAUAAAAAAUUGUGAACUGACUCCUUGAGCCAACGUGUGAAUUUACCCCACCUACUCAGUAUAAUUUGCUUGUUUAAGUAUACAGAGCCUUGAUCUGGAAGCUAGAAGAUAGACUAGGUGGGAGAAAUCAGAAAACAAGAACUCUAGGUGGGGUACCAGGAUCGUAGACACACUUUCCCAAAAGUCGAAGCAUUUGUUCCCAGGAUUUAUUUUAUUUUGCAUGUCUUAUUGCAAAAGAACAGAUCACCCUCCUGAAUUCUUUAAAUAUGAAAUAUUGUUGCCAGGAUAUGGCAUACAGUAACUACCAUUAUAAUACUAAAACUCAGAGAAUCUAAGAUGCGUUAAACGCAGUGGUUGAGGAAAGCCAAAGCCUGUGUAUACUGUUCGGUAGAAAGUCAACCGCUUGCUAAGCUAUUAUAUUCACCACCCGCCCCCUGUUAACAUUCGGAAAAUCAAGGCUGUUACACUUCAGAAUUGUCAGGUUAAAUAGUAUGGAAAACAACAACAACAAAGACAAAUGAGAACUUCACAUAUCAUACAAAUGAAAACAUUGAAACUUAAACCGAACUUGUAUGUCUUUUUAUUUGUCAGAUGGUGGUAUUCGCCAGCCUGUAUCUAGUCUGAGACUACAUUAGUAUCUGAGCAGGCUUUCUAGGCCUACUGACCUCAGCCUGUUUAUAUCAACCUUUAUACUCUUUGUCCAUAACCCCUCAUCUGCCAGAAAACUUGAAGAGUUUAUUACCUGUAGAGUUGUAAGACUUUGGUUUUUGAAGUUGGGAUUGUAUUUAAAACUAGAUUUAAUUAGUCUAUUAUGAAUAUGAAGACUUUAAAUGUGAAAUUGUAUGCUUUUUUGGUUUAGAGUAUUAUGAGAAGCCUGGUAAGCAAAUUUUACUCCAAGAUAAUUGCUGCCAAAUUUGAAGAGGUGGUCAUGGAGAGAACAGUAGGUCUAAAAGCAAUCUGAAAGGUAGGAAAUUUUACCCUCAAAAGUGUAAUGUCGCUUUGGGAAGCUCCUGUAAAUAUUCAGACUUGUUUGAUCUCUUACACUGAGAGAUUUGAGGGCAGUUGGUACAAUAUUUUGAUGCCCUCACCACUGCCUCUUCUCCCCACCCUUCAAAAUAAGUACGAUCCACGGUAGCAGCCACGCUUCAUUUCGAAGGAACUGUUUUAAUUUAUUUAAAAGUUUAAAAAUCCUCUAAGAUAACUAAAACUUCCUUUUUUCCCUCCCCAUCCACCUAAUUUCUCCUUUAACAACAUUUUUAUCUCUAUCUUUACUUCCCUCCAUUAGUACUUUGAAAAACAACAUUUUGUCAAACAUUCCCCUACGUAAAGCUAGAUGGGAAAGCUCGGUCUUGUUCUUCAUGCAAUAACAGACUUCCUGUUGGUUUACCACUCGCCGUGUCCUUUUUAUUAUUAAUAUUCCAAAUAUCCUUUUCUUGGCUUUUUUCCACCUCCUGUUUUACCUUGGGUCAUUUGCUACUAGAAAUUUGAACGGUAUAUUUCAAAUAACUUCGUUCCUGUGGCUUCAUGACUUCAGUCCUCAUGCCAGUCAAAAUACUCUGCUCCCUUUUUCUGUUCAUGGGACAUGAUACCUAAGCAAGUAGGAACUGGGUUUGGUGUUUCUCUUAAUAAAUAAUGCUCAAUACUUACCUAAUCAAAUGGCAUCCAUUUGAAUAAAGUGACAAUAACUAAAGCUAGUUAAUGUCAGUGACAUUAAACUAACUCCAGAAUUCAGGAGUUUUAACGUUAGAAUUUAGAGUUAGCAGAUAGAGUGCGGCUUCAUUUCCCCAUGGUGGCCCGUCUCUCCUGAUCCCUUUUAUAGUCUGUCUUCCUGCCUUCGAAGGUGAUGACAGCAGUACCCUAUUAGCUUCUGUUCUCUUGAGCACUUGGUUUGUUGGUUAGCUGUUUCAGUCUUGAGACUAUCUAUUUAGCUUCUGUUUUAUGUUACAAAGGUAGCAUUGGUGUUGGGGGUUUUUUCUCUUUUUGUGUUUGAAGUUUCUGUUUUCUGAGUAAAGCUUAUCUUAUUUUUGAUUAAUAUUCAAUGGCACAGAAAAAGUACACCAAAAGCCUUUUUUUUUCAAAAUUCAUUAGUUAGCGCUUAAAUGAGAAUAACUUGUGAAUCAUAAAUCUUAAUACUCUUGAGGAUUUGUUACCCUUGUGCAUAUAAGGUUAAUUAGUGAGUUUUACUGCCAGGCUGUUUUUUUUCUCUGUACCAUUGGGAAGUUUUAGAAACUUCUGGCCAUGAUCUGGUGAUGAUCUGAUGCUUUAUAAUUAAGGAGCUACUGUUGCCUCCAGGAAACUAAAGUAUUUCAUCUAGGUUUUUUUUUUUUUUUUCAGUUUUUUGCUUUGUUUUUCCCUCUUUUCUUUGCUCCUCAUGUUUGUUCUUCAAACCAGGGUUUUGGAGGUAUGCAUGCAAGCCUAUAAAUGAAGACCACAGCUCUUCACGUGUGUAGCAUGUGUAUUAUUGUCUAGCUACAUCUGCAAAAAACUUCCUUUACAGAGGUUUGGACUAACAUUUCACAUGCACAUUUCAAAACAAAAUGCUUCAAUAAACAGCCCUUUUACCUGCUGAGAAGAGAAGUGGGCUGUGCUUGUCCCCCUGACAGCUAGUAUUUGUUUUGGAAGUGAAUUUAGUAUGUUACACAAUAUUAUGACUAGAAGUGUGCAAGAAAUAAAGCAAAAGAAACUUCUAUUUUCAUGAAAAUAUUUUUCAUGAAUCAUUGCUCUCAAAUGAAAAUAUAAAAUUUCUGAAUAUCAUAUUGUCUGCGGCACUACCUGGUUUUUAAAUGUGUAGUAGUCAUUGAAAAGAAACUAAAUUUCUCCUUCCACUUGGUAUUUCAAGAAAAUUGAAAAUAUCCCAAGUAAAAAUGAUUUAUUUUUAAAAGUGACUAUUUGCAGAAGUAAAAAUCUGAUUUUGUGUGCCUGAGAAGAAUGUCUUGGUUAUGUGCAGGGAGCCAUCUCAAUGCACUGUUUUUCCUAUUGGGAAUGACAAACAAGCUGACACUAUUGUCUUUGAUUAAAAAAAAAAAGAAAUCACAAUGUUGAUACGAUCGAGGUGUAACCACUAUCAAUAUUUAGAAGUUUAAAAAGACCAUAAGCUAGCAUUGGAAGGAACACCAUGGUAGACUUUUUUGUAAAUUUAUUUUGUAUUUAAUUAAAUGCAGUAUAAAGGCUGGUGAAGUGUAAUAUAAUUGUGUAAACAAAUCCUGUUAAUAGAGAGAUGUACAGAUUCGUUUUGUACUGUAUCUUGAAACUUGUGAAAUAAAGAUUCCACCUCUGGU